AUGGAUGAAACAGUGAUCAAUGCUCAGAAACGCAAACUAGCCAAAUCGAAGACUAAAAUCAAGAAAUCUGGUCUGCAGAACCUCGGUCUGACUGGAUGUGGAUGUCAGAAUCCUCUCAUAGACAUCCUGAACUGUGGAUGUAGAGGACCUGUCAUUGAACCUGUUUACGCACCUGUGGUCUUACCUGCCCCUGGAUCCGUUAUUGACGUACCUAAGUACCGGUACGCGGAACCUGAUGAGUUAAACCCGCUGGGAUGCCUGUUCCCAUCCCUUGAAGUACUCGAACCUCGAACUCAAUUGCAGGCAAUUGAGUUCGUAACAGUAGACCUUCCCUGUGGCUGUUCGGGUGCCUGUGGAUGCCCAAGCCCCUGUGGUUGUGUUGAACCCAAGUGUGGGUGUAGAGCACCUGCUGUCAAACUACCAGCUUGCCCUUGUGGAGCACCUGUAAUUGACAAAUGUGGCUGCCAAAGUCUUCAAGUUCCAUUGCCUUAUAGCAUUAGCUCUCUUAUCGAAAUUCCUUCCUAUACCCCGGUACCUGUGGCAUGUGGAUGUCAGGGACCUUGUGGAUGUUCAGGUAUCCAGCUCUCGUCUUGCGGAUGUUCAGGCCCCUGUGGCUGCUCAGGCCUACAGUUAUCCGCCUGCGAUUGCCUGGGUCCCUGUGGAUGCUCAAACAUCGCAUUGUCAUCCUGUGACUGUAUGGGUCCCUGCUCAUGUGGCUUAAUACCAGUUUCAUCAUGUGGCUGUACUGGACCCUGCGGUUGCUCAGGACUGUCUGCUUGUGGAUGUUCCGGCCCCUGUAGCUGUCCGGCGCUGCCAAUGUCAUGCGGUUGCUCUGGUACCUGUGGAUGCGGGGUUCCUGUGUCAUCAUGUGGAUGUGUGGGCCCCUGUGGAUGUCCCGGUAUUCAGAUGCCUGCCUGCCCAUGUCAGUUGCCGACUGUAGAGGUACCUGCGUGUGGAUGUGGAUGCGGAGGGUCUGGUUGUGGAUGUGGUGGAUGCAACCCUAAGUACCUGCGUCAGGUUACUCUGCAACCACCCUUCUUGUGAUAUGUAUGUAAUGUAUUCUUUAGUGUGUAAGUG